GUUCAGGCGUUCCUGCGUGCGUUCCGCGAGGAGGCCCGCGAUCCGGUCGUCCGUGCGCUUCUCGCGGUCCUUGUCCUUCGCGCGGAUCUUGGGCUUCGUCGAUCGCGCGUUCCGCGCAGCGUUGCUCGACAGCUCGGGCGAGUCGUCCCUGCUCGAGUGCGCGCUGGCGACCCUCGACGAGUCCGGUGUCCGGCUGCUCAGCGAGGACGGUGUCCGUGGGAACGGAUACUCGGCCAGCAUCUCGGACGCGUCGCGCUCGCGGUCCUUGCCCUUCUCCAACGGGGCGGCGGAUAUCGCUGUCGAAUCGGACGAGCUGAACAGUGGUGGGGAGAGCGACGAUCGGCUUGUGGAGGGAACACCGAGUCCCACUGCGGCCGCCGCGUCGCCCUCGCUCAUGCUCCUGCCCUGGAAGGUGUUCAUGCCUGUCGGGGAGGGUUUCUGGCCGAGCGGCCACUUCUGGUACUCCCACAUGCUGAGUUUCUGGACGGCGCUCGGGGGCACGAAGACGAUCGGCGGGAAGGGCGGCGGGUCCGUGGGCCAUACACGCACCUGCACGGACGCGGUGCCCAUGUAGUUACUCGGGCCGGGGAUCUCCUGCCAGUCCGGAGAGCUCGCGGGGCUGGGCGUCGCGCUGCUGCCGUUGAGGGAGCCGACGGAGCUGGCGAGAUGGACGAAACCGGCGGCGCGCAUGUUGGGGCCGAGGAUCCUGCGCGAGUCCAUGGCACCCUCGCGGUGGCGGGCGAGCUGGGUCGCGGAGAGGGCGGCCGGGGCGCGAUGGCUGCGGACGGUGCCCCCGGAGGUCGUCGAAGCCGACGCGGUGGGCGACCUGGAGCGGCGACGCCUGACGGGCGGGGGCGGGGGCGGGCUGAUGGCGUGGGUGCUGGAGCUGGCGGACGAGAGCGCAAAGGGCGGGGCGAGAGGCGUGUGCUUGGUGCGGGAUGAGGUGAAGACGAAAGAGGUGGAUCCGCCGCCGGGGCUGGUGGGCGAGGACGCGGGGCGGUAGACGAGGGGCGCGGGGAGGGGCUUGGGCCUGCAGUCGUCGAGGUUGAGCGGGGGCGGGGGUGGGCUCUUGCGCUGGGGCGACCGGGGUGGUGGAGCAGCGACGAACGCUGCUGAGCUUGGCCCGGCGGCGAAGGAGCUCAUCGUGGGCUGUGGCUCUCAGACGAGCGUUGCCGGUCGCGCGGUGGGGAGGGGAGGGCGGGCGACGACGGGGCGUGCGUCAUGCAGGCGUGCGGGGGAGUGAGAGUCAGUUGAGCCCAGCGCGGGAUGGACGGUGGAUGAGUGCGGAGGGAGGGCAGCAGGCGUCUCCGCGUCCUCUUUUGAGAAAACGGCGUCCGUGUCUGCGCUGCAGAACGUGUGGGAGGAGGAGGCACGUUGGCUCCCC